CAACACCUUACGUUUGCCAUAUAAGUCCACAAUAGAAAGACUCGCGCACUGGCUGCGUUACACACCUCUUUUGUGGAGGAAAAGAGCAAUGCCUUCCCCUCCCAAAUCCGGUGAUGUCAUCUGAGACAGGCUUUCUUCACGGGAUUGGACGAUCUCGCCAUAAAUUUCCUGAAAACUCCCAGCCCUUUUCCCCCAUCCCAGCCCAGCACGUCCCUGACUUCCUGCCCGAGGAAAAAGUUUCACUCGGAGCUUGCAACUUUGACGCAAAUUAGUACCUUUUUAAGGAUACAGCCGGUCGAUUUAGACGGCUACAUUUUUGGGAGCUUCUUUACUUCAUUUUUGAGGAAACAAAGUAAACGAAGAAAUGGAGGCGAUAAAGAAGAAAAUCCAGACUCUGCAGCUACAAGCUGAUGAAGCAGAAGAUCGCGCACAGGCGAUACUGAAGGAUUUGGAGACUGAACGGAACUGUCGCUCCAGCGCGGAGGGCGAAGUGGCAUCCUUGAACCGCAGGAUCCAGCUGGUGGAGGAGGAGCUGGACCGCGCUCAGGAGAGACUGGCCACAGCCCUGCAGAAACUGGAGGACGCUGAGAAGGCUGCGGAUGAGAGUGAAAGAGGCAUGAAGGUGAUUGAGAACAGAGCCAUGAAAGACGAGGAGAAGAUGGAGAUCCAGGAGAUGCAACUCAAAGAGGCCAAACACAUCGCUGAGGAGGCGGACCGCAAAUACGAGGAGGUUGCCCGUAAACUGGUGAUCAUUGAGGGUGAGCUGGAGAGAGCAGAAGAGAGAGCAGAAAUUGGAGAUCAAAAGUGUUGUGAUAUGGAGGAGGAGCUGAAGAACGUCACCAACAACCUCAAGUCACUAGAGGCUCAGUCUGAUAAGAGCUCUGCAAAAGAAGACAAAUAUGAGGAGGAGAUUAAAGUUCUGACCGACAAACUCAAAGAGGCUGAAACCCGUGCAGAAUUCGCAGAGAGGACAGUGGCUAAGCUGGAAAAGAGCAUAGAUGACUUAGAAGAGAAACUAUCACAUGCUAAAGAGGAAAACCUAAAAAUACACCAAACCCUGGACCAAACACUGCAAGAGCUCGGUAGCUUGUAAAAAGCAAAGACGAACGUCGAAUAAAUCCAACAAAAAAAAACAUUUGUUUUGUAAAAGAUAUUUUCUACAUGCCAUCCAUUCUCUUUAAUUUCCCUCUUAAAACCACAUGUACCCCUUUUAUAUAUUUAUGUUUCUUUUGUUUCUUUUCCUAUUUUUUAAAAAUGGUUUUGGGUCCAUAUGAUAAUCAGUUUCGGUGCUGCAAAUUGUGUUGCGGACCGAACUCUGAGCACAAAUAAAACUGAUGACGACGCCA